AUGUGUCGUUCGUUCAUUUUACUAGCAAAAAUCAUGCCGGGCGGGCCUGAAUCAUUCCUUAUUGAAAAUAUUCUCAGGAAAAGUGAUGACACUAACGAACGAAGUACCAUGGACAUAUCUGCAUUGGAGUCUUUCAACGAUGUUGCAUGCAAUCCACAUAAGCCUCCUUCGGAUAAGGAACAUACUAAAGACAACUCAUCCUCCAACUCUGGAUCGACGAACCUCUCUCCACCUCAGCCUGGUAGUUAUAGAAGUGAAAGCAGUGAGGAAUCACCUGCACUGAAGUUUUCCACUGAGUCAAUAAUGAUGUCUUCGCCUGAUAUAAAACGAAAUCAUGACUAUUUAUUCCCCAUUGAUGAAAGUGUUUCACCUCCGAAUCAAUUAACUUUUCCAUGGUUGCAUUUGCCACCAGUUUUGAGUGGAUUUUAUCAAGGAGGACUUACUGCAACACCCUCUGCACAUUUUCCAUCUCCUCCAACACCGAAUGAUGAUGAGAGAGGAGAAAUUAUUGAGUAUUCUCCCCAUGACUUUGGUUCUACUCCUACACAAGAAAAUCGGCCCAAAAGAGCUCGAAUAACCUUUUCUCCCUAUCAAGUUAAAGUUCUCCGAGCCAAGUAUAAUCAUAAGAAAUAUCUCUCUAAUGCUGAACGCUCUGAGUUAGCGGGAGAUCUGGGCCUCAGUGAUCAGCAGGUAAAAAUCUGGUUUCAGAAUCAACGGUACAAGGAAAAGAAAAGGCUGGAUAGAGAGAAGGAGAACGCCUUUAGCCAAACAAAUUUUGACCCGCCUCUUCGGAUGCAGCCAUUGUCACCGCUGUCACCAUUAUCCCCACUACGCUCGGGAUUUUUGAAUAAUCGAAGGGAUAAUCAUUCUCUACCGUUCUCCUUCCCACCACCGCCUCCACCUCCACCUCAAUUUCUCGCCCAAAUUAUUUCAAGGGCAUAUUCACAUACAGCACAGUUUGCUGGAAUGAUGACUGCGCAGCCUAACUCUAUGGAUCCUUCACAGGACACAUCUUACCAACAGGAACAGGAGAAGGACAAGCCCGGGACAUCUAAAUCCUAG